AUUUCGUAAUUGUGAUUUUGUUAUGUGAUGUGCAUAUUUUGUAUAUGUUUACCGUUGAUUCGGUUUAAACUGAUAUCCACAAGUCGGUCAAUUCGAUGAGAACCGAUGGCUACGGGCAAGUUUGCUUUUAAAGAAUCAUUGAAAUUAGACAAGACUACUGAAAUACCUGGUUCCGUGGUACAAUAUCUAACUAGUCACCAGCUAGAAGGUAUUCGGUUCAUUCAUCGCGCAUUGCAACAUAACAAAGGAAUUAUCCUGAACGAUGAGUCAGGCCUGGGUAAGAUUCAUCAGGUUGUCGGUUACUUAUUGACUGCAACGGAGCAAACUGAUAAAAGCAUUGUUCUAUGUCGCAAUUUAAAUCGAGUACAUCACUGGAUGUAUCAUUUGGAGUUGCUAACAGAGUUCAAGAUUGUGGCACUUUCUGCUGAUGGCAACGCUGUGGAGAACCAACAAAUUGUAUUAACAACUUUUGACAAUUUUCAAAAGCACAUAGAAACACUUCUUUCAAAUCAAAAGCAGUUUCAAACUGUGAUAGUUGACGAAACCAACUCGGUGACAGCCGAACCUUCGCUGCUUCUCGGGUUAUCUAAACUACCUACCUAUAAUAAAAUAUUUCUUCUCUCGCAUGAUCUCCUGGAUGAUUUGCCUUGUCUGGCUGUAAGAUUGAAACUUUGUGAAGCUCAGUAUUUCCGAGAAGCUUUAGACGAAUUUUUCGAGAAAGCACUCUCCUCGAAACGACGCAUGUCAAAGUCACAGAGACUGAAAUUAUUCUUCUUAACUAGAAGUAUAUUACUACGGAGGUUUCGUUGCCAUUACAAAAACUAUUUACCGCUGGUAAAUGAGAGAGAAUUUGCAGACUAUUUUGCCGCGUGGCAAAUUGCUAGUGGUUUAAAAAGGAUGGAUGACUCACAGCAAUUGGAGCAGCAGAUUGCGAAGCCCAUCGUAAAGAGUAAUAGCGACAAACUGUUCGAUUUCGAUUGUAUGGAACCGGACUCUAGUCUCAAUGAAGCAAUUAUUGGCGAUGAGGCACAUAGUAUUUCAGAUAUAGCACAAGAAGUAGAAAGUAACAUCGGUGCUGAGUUGGCAGUUGCCGUAGAGCAGAAAGGCAGUGAGUCAUUGUUCGAUUUCGAGCACAGUACGGAAGAAAUGGCAAAACUGGAGGUCUCAGAUUCGGAUACCAAGUCAACGAUUGAGGAAAUACGAGUUUCACCGCGCCGAGAACCAACAGUUGCUGCAGAUCGAUUACCUUCGAACGAGAACAUAGAAAUUCCGGAAACUGAGCGAUCGUCACAGGCAACAGAAAAUCAGACGGAUUCUGAGGGUUAUCUGGAAUUUGGUCAAGCUCUGGUAUGUGGACAGUCGGAUUCACGAAGCUCGAGCGGUACCAAUAUCCACAAAGAUGUUCACACAGCGUCGAUGGAGGAGAAAUACUUCUUUUCUAUUGACAGAUUCACGAGAAAAAAGUCGCCAUCGUCAUCCUCUACGGACGUGGAAAUCAUCUCGAAGGAAAGUAUUAGUAUCAAUCCCAUAGUGGUGUCCAGCUCUAGCACCAAUGAAGCAGGGCGAGAAAAAUCGCCGGAUUUAUUCAGCGACACUGACGAAGAAGUGAACGAAACAGUAAAGAACAACACACAGGAUUCGUUCAUGGAUUUGUUACUUAAAAGCCCAGUAGUUUUUAAUCAAACUACUAAACCGACGCCUUUUAUAGCAAUACCAAAGUUUAUUAAAACGAAUGCAAGUACGCCAAUUUCGAAGUUGAUACAUGGGAAGUUGCAAGUUGAACCGGACGAUCCAGACGAAGAUAUAUCAUCAAAUGAUAUAUUUGCCGACGAGACAACCGUAACCGUUAGGAAGGGUAGCCCGAAUCGUACAGACAACGUGUUCGAAAUUACCGAUAACAAUGCUUUCGGGAACAAAGUUCGCGUUCAUCCCGAGAGAGAUUGCAUGUCACCUUUGAAUGAUUCCGAGGAGGUCCAGUUUGUCGGGGAACUUCGCCCGAAUGAUAAUACCAUCGAGAUUAAUAAUUCACAAACAGAUCUGUGUACACCAAAGAGUGGAACGAAAAAAACUGCUACCAAAAAGACACCCUCGUCAUCCGGGUCUAAUGUCGUUACAACGCCACGAGGUUGGCUGUCAAAGAAUAGUCGUCCCUCGUCUUCCGAUGGAGGUUCACCCAGGACACCUAGCGGUGGAGGGAAUAGACUCUCCUCAAAAAGUAGUGGUCGAGGGAGCAGCGAUCGUACUGGAUUUAAGCGUAAAAAGUUGGAAAACUGGUUUCGUGAUGAUGAAAAUUGUGCACAUGCAUCGACGAGCGUUCAACGGCGAAGAUCUGCUCCAGCUGCUGGCAGUGUACGAAAAGCAUCCCCCAGGAAGAAAUGCUCUCAGGAGCGAGUAGUUCAGCGAUAUAAUCAAAUUCUGGUGUCCCCUAGUGGGUUCGAUAGCGAUUUCGAGUGAGACUGCGGAAGGAGUUGUUUUUUUUGUUUUUUAUCGAUUUAUAAUUCUACCAUACCAUCUGUGAUGGGUUAUGCUUUGUUACACUUGUUUUUGUGUGUGUGAUGAACCUAAUCUAUUAUAAUCCUUUUAGGGUCGAAAGGAUAUUUUAAAUAUAUGACAAACGAAAAUAGAAUUUCUCAAU